AUGCCUUUCUCCGACUCCGCCGUCCCCGGGUCUGCCCUGCUCUCGUCUGCGCUAGUUUCUGCUUGGCCGGCCUCUCACGCUCAGCGAUAUCACGACAACUUUGAGGUCGCCGGCUUUGGCCAGCUCGAUCAAAACGGCGACGCCAACAGCUGGUCCCUGGGCGACUUCCUCGCCCAGGAUGAGAUGCGGGUCAUGAUGCGCACCAAGUCGCUCACAUUCCGUGAGCACGGAGCCAACGGCGCCCGCAGCAUCGCGUGCGGCUCCGAGCUGACUGAUGAGGCGGCGUACGCCUUUGCGCGCACUUGCAGAGCCGGCGCCGAAUCGUGGGCGGGGCGGAGACACGGCUUGACCUUUGCCGAAGUACGCGAGCGCGUCGACGAGCACUUUCAGAUCGGGCACUUUCAGAUUUCCCGGAAGAAGGGCAUGGAGAUCCUUCUCCGCCCGCACGACGGCCCUUCGACGGGCAGCGUCCGCAUAUUUGCCAUCGCGGCCAGCCUGGGGCUGCUCGUGCGGGCGCGCUGGAUCCGGCUCGCCGCCGACACAGAGCACGUCUGCGCCCUCGCCCAGGCGCUCGCCUCGGGGGCGUGCUGGAAGCUCGAGGAGCUGUACCUACCGCGCAGCAAGAUUGGGGACGGCGGCGUGCUGGCCCUCUGCGACGCCGGCCUGCAGGGCGCGCUGAGCCGGCUCCACCGCCUCCACCUCGGCGGAAAUCUCAUCUCGGACGCGGGCGCGUGCGCCCUCUCGGUUUAG